AUGUCACCAAUUUGGAUGGCCACCAUGGCCAAUUUGGUGUAUAUGCAACAUUAUGCAACUGACCCGCUGCGCCGACUCGGCGCCGAACUCCGCGCCGCUGUAGUGACCAGGGCUGCCUCUUCAUCUCCCUCUUGGAGCGACAAGGGCCGCUGGAAGAACAAGCGGAAGAGCAAGAUAGAUGAAAAGCAGCAGGAUCUACUCGUGAGCCUGCUCAUGGAGGGCAAGAGCACUGACGAUUGGACCAUCGCGCGGCGGUGCGCGGAACAGAUUCGCAGUCCGUCCUAUACGACCAAGGACUUCCAUGAGGACAUCACCAGGGCCUUUCCGGAGCUGCGGCUCUACUGCCUGGAGAUCGACGAGGAGGAAGACAUGAACCGUUCAGUCGUGGGACGGGUCCGGGCGGCCGACCUUUGUGACCAGACUUUGGCGAUGUUGGUGCUCAUGACCAUCCAUGACGCUUGGCCACCGCUGGAUGGUCAUGAACUCAAGGUCACCGGCAAGAGCUUCAAUGGCUACAGGAAGAAUAAGCAGAUCGGAGACCACGACAUCGCCUUAAGUUAUGUCCUGGAGCGCUACCAGGGAGCACUGCCGUCCUUCGCGGGGCUGUCGAAGAGCCAACAGGACAGUAUCCGGUUUACCCAUUGCAAGAUGGACUACAAUAUGGGCUGGCUAGUGCAGGCCGAAGCCCCUCCCGGGAUGCUCUUCGGAGCGCUGCGCAAGGCCAUUCGCGAAGGGAUGCAGAGCGCGCGGAAGUCCCAAGAUGUGGCGUUCUACUUUGUGCACUGGUUCGCGGACCUCGCAGGGGCCGAGCCCUUUCCCAUGCAGGGCUGUGAAAAGUUCGUGCUGAAGUUUCCGCUGCCAGUUCUGACAAACUUCAUCGAGUCGUUUCCGGUGGUGUGGGACUUGGGGCCCAAGACCGAAACACAGGUCUAUGAGGACUACCUCGAGUGGCGCUGGGCCCGGGACGGCGUGGGCAUCGCCAUGCCUCCCGACGCCUGCGCCGUCGCUAAGAUGCGCCUAGUGGUGAUGAGCCAAGGCAAUGCACAAGAGAUCCUAAGGGCCUUCGGCCACUUGGACCUGCGACGCCGCUGUCCGUGA